ACCCUAAGUGUUCGCUUGAAACCAGGGACAGACACACACACACGCAUAGCAUGUACAGAGACCCAAAACUGUGUAUUCAUUAGUCUUUGUUCUUCUUUCUCUUGAUGGCUCUUGAGCUGUGAGACUCGCCCUCAGACAGUUAGCACGUCCUACUGCCGAAACGUUUGAAAUAUCCAAAGACUACUUGACCACAUCAUUUCCUGUACAGAUAGCAGUUGAAGAUGGUAGCUUCUAUGAGCGGUCAUAGGCUGUAGGACUGAGACAGUUCCUGGAGGCCGGUGAAUGAUUCAUUGCGUGCCAGCUUGAGAGAGCGAAAGGGUUGUACGGCACAAGCGAUGGCGGACAAGGUGAACAAGCUGCCGUACUUCUACGGCAACAUAACCCGCGAGGAUGCAGAGGACUACCUGAAGCAGGGCGGCAUGGGCGAUGGCCUCUACCUGCUGCGCCAGAGCCGUAACUACCUGGGCGGCUUCGCCCUGUCGGUGGCCUAUGGCCGGCAGGUGUACCACUACACCAUCGAGAGGGAGUUGAAUGACACGUAUGCCAUCGCCGGCGGGAAGUCGCACCGUAACCCGGUGGAUGUGAUCGACUACCAUGCGCAGGAAGCCGACGGCCUCAUCUGCGUGCUCAAGAAGCCCAUGAACCGGCCCAAGGGCAUGGAGCCCAAGGUGGGAGCCUUCGAGGACCUCAAGGAGCAGCUGAUCCGGCAAUACGUCAAACAGACGUGGAACCUGCAGGGCCAUGCUUUAGAGCAGGCCAUCAUCAGCCAGCGGCCUCAGCUGGAGAAGCUCAUUGCCACCACAGCCCAUGAAAAGAUGCCCUGGUUCCAUGGCACCAUCACACGCGAUGACUCGGAGCCGCGCCUGCUAAAAAGCCCGCGCACCAACGGCAAGUUCUUAAUCAGACAGAGGGAUAGCAACGGCUCCUAUGCCCUCUGUCUCCUCCAUGAUGGGCAGGUCAUGCAUUACCGCAUCGACAAAGACAAAGCUGGCAAGCUCUCCAUACCUGAUGGCAAGAAGUUUGACACACUGUGGCAGCUGGUGGAGCACUACUCUUACAAGCCAGAUGGGCUCCUGCGAAUUCUCACUGAGCCCUGCUCACGGCCCGAGGGAGCGUCCAACGAUAUAGGCCGGCCAGCUCUACCAAACAACCAUCCUGGGCAAGGAGCCACAGGUGGAUUACUCACAAGAAUCAAAUCCUACUCCUUCCCCAUACCUGGCUCCAAAAAGAAAAACCCCACUCGUAAAACACCAAACGACAAUCCUUAUGAAACGAGGGGUCCCAAUACUACCGAUGCCAUGCCCAUGGACACUGAGGUGUACGAGAGUCCGUAUGCGGACCCUGACGAGCUACGGCAGACCCACGUGGACCGCAGUCAGCUGUUCCUGGAGGAUGGAGAGCUGGGCUCCGGGAACUUCGGCACCGUCCUCAAGGGAAUCUACACCAUGAGGAAGACCAAGAAGCCGGUGGCGGUGAAGAUCCUGAAGAACGACGACAACAACGCGGCGGUGCGCGAUGAGAUGCUGAGAGAGGCCAACGUCAUGCAGCAGCUGGACAACCCCUACAUCGUGCGUAUGAUCGGCAUCUGCGAGGCCGAGAACCUCAUGCUGGUCAUGGAGCUGGCCGAGCUGGGCCCGUUGCACAAGUACCUGCAGAGGCACAAAAUGAGUGUCUCCAGUAAGAACAUCACUGAGUUGGUACACCAGGUGUCCAUGGGGAUGAAGUACCUUGAGGAGCACAAUUUUGUCCACAGGGACCUGGCUGCCCGGAACGUGUUGCUGGUCACCCAGCACUAUGCCAAAAUCAGCGACUUUGGCCUCUCCAAAGCCCUGACGGAGGAGGAGAACUAUUACAAGGCCAAAGCUCAUGGGAAGUGGCCAGUGAAGUGGUACGCCCCUGAGUGCAUGAACUACUUCAAGUUCUCCUGUAAGAGUGACGUCUGGAGCUUUGGGGUUCUCAUGUGGGAGGCCUACUCAUACGGCCAGAAACCCUACAAGGGCAUGAAAGGAAAUGAGGUCAUCCAGAUGAUUGAGAGUGGACAGAGGAUGGAGGCGCCGGCCAACUGCCCCCCAGAGAUUUAUGAGCUGAUGAAAAAGUGUUGGACAUACAAGGCGGAUGAGAGGCCGGGCUUUUCAGUCGUCGAGCCAAGGCUGAGAGAUUAUUACUAUGACAUUGCUGCACAGUGAUCCCCGAGCAGGAAGACUUAACUGUACCAUAUAAAGAGCAAUCCGACAUUUGUACAAGACUGAAGGAUUUACUUUUUUUCCCAAAAUGACAGCUGUUGCCAGGAAAUAAGAAACUCCUUGUAGUUAAUCAAGUUGAAAAGACUGUUAAGAUGAUAAAGGCAAUACAUUUGAUGUAUUUUUAGUUAUGACAGAUUUGUUCCUUAAAUAUUAAUUAUUGUCAUAUGAUAUCAAUAAAGCAUGAUUUUCUUUUUUCCAUGCUACCUUUUAGUAGUUUUUAAUUCAUAGAUGCUUGAGUCUCUCGCUUGUAGUGAAACAAUUUACAAUUCGGUAUGCAAUGUUUUAUACAUGCACAGUAAGAUUAUGUUUUUGCUUUCAGAACUGCAGUACAUAUAUGCAAAUCUAAGUCUGUAUGGGUUCUCUUCCUGACAUUAGAUAUGCUAUGCAAAUAUGGGGUACUUUGCUCAUUUUACUUUUCUCUGCAUUUGUUUUAGCAUUUCACAAAUAUAUUGCAAUAAAGUCCAGUUUAUUUUAUGUGCCACUUUCAAUGAAUACAUUUUGCACUGAGGAAAGAUAUGCAAACUUAAAAUACCAAGCUAGUACAACUAUACUCAUGCAGAUGAAGUAUUGAUGAUAAUGUGUGUGUUUCUGUGUGUACAUUUGAAUUUUUGUAUAAUUUUGUAUUUGUAGCAAAUGCAGUCGAACACUAGCUGGACAACUAUGUUUAACUGCAGUACCAACUUUAAUGCUAAAAUAUUCUAUUAACAGAAACAAGUAGAAUUUGUACCCUAGUUGGAAUUUGUACCCUAGUUGGAAUUUGUACCCUAGUUUGCUGUUGAUGCUACGAAAGGCAUGGACUAUCUUCAUCUCCAUACCUCCAUACUAGGGUUACACUAGCAAUUCAUCUUAUGAGUGUUAUUUAAAUGGUAUUUUGUUUGGUAUCUUGUUUGACAAGGUUCUGGAUGCUGAGUGAGUGUUAAAGUAGAAAUAUUUAAGCUGUACGUCUUAAAAUCACAUAAUUGGAUGGAACCAUACAUUUCUAAACAUAAAAUUUAAACCUGCACUAAGCAUCACUGCUUGUUUGUCGGAAACAUUUAUUGAGUGCAACAUACUGUGUACACAGUGUACAGGUAAGGUCUACAUAUCAAGGGAAUUCCCUGAGAAUUAAAUCCAUGAUCUUGGUUGAGGUUGUGCUGCACUGCAUUCGGGAUGGAUCAGUAAUUUUAUUUGAUAUUUUAAACCCUGGCUUCCAUAAUCUGACCAUGCUGUACAAGUGAUACUGUGAAUGCAAAAAUGUAUGCCUACUGUAUGUUGAAUUAAAGAAGAUUGAUUGAUUUCUAA